UUCGCAAUUUAACUGAUUACAAAAUCAGCACUGUUAAGUCAUCGACUUCUGUGCGGUCGUUACGUGUACACAGGCCCUUAUAAGAGGCCUUUUGGCUAGCCGUCUGCAUUUCACGCAUAACAAGCUGGAUAUCCGCAAGCAUGGCGACCGAAGGUGCAAGUACCAGCAAGUCAACAAACAAAAAAAACGCGCCUACUCGAUUUUUCCCAGCACUUGACAUUCUUCUUCUCAGAGCACUGGUUGCGGUACAACCAACAACUAAGCCACCGUGGGAUGAAGUCCACCAACAUGUGAACACAGCUUUGACGGAGGUGAAGCGCGACAGCUUUGUCACUCUCCGGGCAUGCAAGGAUAGGGUGAAAACUCUCCAAGAGGCUCAUACGAAGGACGAGUUGAAAUCUCUUAGAGCGUCUGGGACAGAUGAGGAAUACGACGAGCGAGCCCAGCUGCUUACUGAGUUGGCCAGCCUUAGCGAGGAAAGGGCGGCCAAAAAGCAGGAAGAAAAACCCGAUCUCAAGGAAGCCCAGGGACGACCAAUACGCCAGGCUGCUAUGGAGACGCUGAAAGUAAGAGACGAUCCGGAAGAACACGCGGAUGGUUUUGAUCGUGAGUUGGACGGAGCUGAUGAAAAUCUCGAACAUCAUGGAAAGAAAGCUGCGAAUUGCACCACCAAGCCGGCAACGAAGAAGCGUCGAACUGAUUCUGCAGAGUACGUGACGUAUCUAAAAGAUAAACUUUCCUUUGAAAAAGAGCGUUUCGAGGUAGAAAAGAAGGAAAGAGAGGCGAGGAUCCAGAGGGAUCAGCAAAUGAUGGAAAUGAUGAUGGCGUUGGACAAAAACAAAAAUUAGAUGCUGCUCGUAACGAUGUAAGAUUUGACAAAUAAAUAAUUACUCGCAGAAUA